UUGNAAAAUUAUGUACAGAGUUUAACUAAAAUGGAAAAAUUGGUUUUUAGAGUGCCACAACACAAUCGAUCAGUUUCGCAUGAGGCCAACUACAAUCUGGGUGAUAAAAUGGGUGCACUUGGACCGCUGCCACCAAAUUGGGAAAUGAAACUCGAUGAACACGGUAAUCGAUAUUUCGUUGAUCACAACACACAGACAACAACAUGGUACGAUCCACGAAUACGUGAGUUUUUUCAACCUGUUCACUUCGAACGUUUUACACCAUCGAAUCAAAUUUACAUGGUCCUUUUGGGCUUAAUUUGGGGCAGCAUUGGGCACGGUUGGUACCAUAGGCUAGGCGAAUUCCGGGUUUCCUUGUUCCGCUUUUGUUGUGCUUUCUUGAAGUCAAGCCGACAAGUUAUAAGGUGA